UGCAUGUAUAAGGAGAGUUUAAUCAGGCGACUUACGGAUCUUUCGUACAUCUUUCUAAGACCCAGAAUGAGGGCGAAUCCCAACGAGGGAAUGGCUGUUAUUUUGUAGGUGCUUAAGCAUCUUGAGAUGCCGCCGCAUUCAUCAAAGCAACAUCAACUCGAGACAUGGGCAAGCCUACGCAGAAGGAGAAGGCUCGCUACCAGCUUCUCAGACAGAAACUGCUGGAUACAUACAAAGGAUACUUUGACGGUCCCCUUUCACAACUAACAGCCACGCAAGUGGACCACACUCUACAUCGAUGGGAAACCCUGUAUCCGGCAUUGCUAAAACCCACGAGACAUGCCGUUCUGUUGAACACCUUUCAUGGAGCGCCCUACUUCCAGGCUCAAAGUUCGGAAUCGACGAAUCCAAAACUAGGAGGGUCUUUGGAUGAAAACCUACGAGACGUCAACCUGGAGGACUCGGGGGAAGUCUCUCCUCCAGAACCACUGGAAGAUGCCGGUCGAUGGCUACCCCCAUCUUGCCCUCUCAAGUUAUAUCACCUACCACAACAAGAAACCCAUUCCAGCAAAGACUACCUCCUACCACCUCCGUCGAAGAAUUCUCACGACCUCAAAAACUACUACUGCCUCGACUUUGCAUCCGUCUUUCCGGUUCUCGCUCUCGAUGUUCACCCAGGCCAUACCAUUCUCGACAUGACGGCGGCACCCGGCGGGAAAACAUUGACCCUCUUGAACCAUCUCGGCAACUCCCUCGUCCCAGCCGCAGGCAUCAAUGCUUCAUCAUCUUCUCCCCCCUCCACCAUUCAAACAAAACUGCAUGUCAACGAGAUCGACUUUCAACGUCGCAAGCGCCUACGAGUCGUACUGGACGAACAUGUGCCAGCAAAUCUACUUCCAUCUACCUCAUCGCCAAACUCGGUCAUCCAGAUCACAGGCAAGGACGCGACGGAAGCUUCCAGCUUCCGUCCCGGAGCCUAUGACCGGAUCCUCCUCGACGCCCCUUGUUCCAGUGAAAGACACGUCCUACACCAGCUUCACAAACAAGAAUCCGCAUCGAACCUACACAAGGACCUGCUGAACUGGUCACCUUCCAGUUCAGAGAAGAUCGCCAAGGGUCUCCAACUUAAAAUGCUCACAACCGCCGUUCGAGCUCUGAAGUUCGGUGGCACCCUGGUCUACAGUACCUGCUCGCUCUCGCCACAUGAGAAUGACAACGUCAUCGAGAACGUGGUGAAUUUGAUCGACAAGCAAAAUCGAAGACGAAUCAAAGAGGUAUCGCGUCGACGUGACGCCGAUCCGGGCAGUGAAAAUGAUGGAGAAGAAGAUGCCCGUCAACCGCGCAAACCACCUCAAACAGCGUUUCCAGAACUGUGGACGCUAGAAAUCGAUCAUACGAGCUGGUCAAUCGGAGAACCGACCAAACAUGGGUGGAUGAUAUUACCGGAUCAGCAGGACAACGCGGGCUGGGGUCCAAUAUAUUUCUGCAAACUCACCAAACAACGGAAGAAAGGUUCACGGUCAUGAUAGUGGCAGGAGUAGCCUUUGUGCAUGCAAGAAGCACGGUAAAUGGGUUGGUUACGAGUACGAAAGCUCAUGGCGUAGAUACACCUUUUUAACUACUAGCACCAUGGUGCUCAUGAUGUGAGGACAACAAGGUCCUGAUAGUCAGCGAGCUAGGGCACAAGUCUUGUAGGGAGUAAUCGCCUGCGUGGAUUGAAUAUCUGUACAAGUACGAGGCCGAG